AGAAUUUCCAUGGCAACAAGCUGAGUUCGAACACAGAUAAGCAGCUCGAAGCAAGCUCGGAGUCAUCUUGUAGUGUGUCUCUGAAGUCGUAAAAAGAAAGUAGUUUGCUUUUUUUAGAAUUCAGCAUGCAAAGGGUCCACAGUAGACGAUCUGAAGGAAGUGAGGCAGAGGUUGAUGGACUGGCUGAACAAGAACUUGCAAAGCUCCAACGCCAGUAUCGUAUCAUUGAAGGAGACAGAAGGGCUUACAGUGAGGAGACUCAGAACCUCAUAAGAAAACAAAUUGAAGCCAUCCGUUCCCUUGAGAGUGAAAAUGAAGAAUUGAUGAAAGAUAACACCUUGGCUGGAAGUAUACAGAAUCAGAACCAGGACAGAUCAAAUACAGACAAAUUGAGUAUUCUUCUAACUAAGGAAGAUGAACUCAAGGAACAGCUUGAUGACGUGACCCAAGAUAUAACAACACUUGAUGAUCAGAUAAGAGUAAUUGAGAAGAAGAUUAAACAACAGAGAAAAAAUAUGGGAGGUGUUCAUAGUAGUCAUCUGCAGAAUAAGAGAACUCAGAAAUAUAUCAGAGUUCUUGAAAACAGAUUAGACAAGGCCAAAAUAGACUUCAAUUGUUGCCUAUCAGAAAAUGGUAAUCUGCGUGAAACAUUUGAUCACAUGCGAUUGGAGAAGAAGACUUUUGACACCAUUCGCUUGAAACUGGAGAAGGAGUUAGUGGAAAACAAACAGAAUAUUAUGGAAGGAAUUGAAACCUCAACAGCAGCUUAUGAGGCUCGCGAUGAAGCGCAGGGAAAGAUGAUGGCAUUAAAAGAGAAAGCCGAUAAAGAUUUAGCUCAGUAUAAUACUGAACUCAAGGAGCUGAUGCGCAUCAUUGAACAUGAUCGCAAACUUAAAGAAUUCAUGAGGAUAAAAAGUGAAGAGAGAGCUGAAAUGAUGGAGGGUGAAUUGUCAUCUCAGAGAAAGAAAAAGGAUGAGAAAGAAAGAGGUGACAAAGCUGAGGAAACCAUUGAGUCAUACGAGGCAGCUUUCCAGACAAUCAAAGAGGCCACUGGUAUUGAGGAUAUUGAUCUGUUGGUAUCCAAGUUUAUUGAAGUGGAGGACAAGAAUUUUGCGCUGUUCAAUUAUGUUAAUGAACUAAACAAUGAAAUUGAACUGCUACAAGAACAAAUUAAUGAGAAUCAGGCAGAAAUUGAGAAGUUCAAAAGUGAGGAAGUGGAGAUGGCUACCCAAAGGAAGGCUCUCCUCAAAGAUCUAGAGGACAGCUUGUCUUCAAGUACUGAACAAGCUGAUCAGUACGACACACAGUAUAAACAGAGCAAGAAAAUACUGGAACAACUUAAAUCAGGAGUGGACUCGCUGUUUAACAAGAUCAAUUGUGAUCGCAGUGCCAUAACUGACAUGUUGGGAGGAGCAUCUGGAGUCACUGAGGCCAACAUGAUGCAGUUUCUUGGUUUGAUCGAGCAAAGGACAAAUGAGCUUCUUCAAGUUCAUGGAUUUAUCACCACAAAGGAGUCUGAUCGUGAGGGUGAGCCCGCGGUGGCAGUGGGUCUUUUGGGUCAGGGACCUCAGCCAGGAAUGGCGUCUGUAGCAAUUGUUCCUCCGACGACUGGCGACGAUUAUGAUUCGGAUGGUUCAUCGGGUUCCGAGGAUGAACAACGACCGCUCACCCAACAAGAACUGAAAAACAAAAUUUUGAAAGGGAUCACCAAGCGCGAGGCACAUCCUAAGAAAUCGCAACAUCCCGGAUCAGCAGGUUCAGACAAGUCUCCGACCAAGAAAAAGAAAGGACCCAAGUAGUGUGAACAAUCCAGUCCUGCCAGGGGUCCUGCCAGGGGUCCACCUGCUAGCCGCUUUCGGCUUGUUAUAAGUUACACAUGCCCAAGGGUGAACGCACACCCACACCACGAGAAAUAAGUAGCCCUGGACUCUACGAGAACAUUUGUUUGAACGACGUGCAUGGUGCUACUGAUUGUACAAAAUUACAUAUUCGAUAUGUACAUAGUCAGUUUGAUUUAUCUUAGCCCUGUUUUAUUGGUGUCAGUGCUAACUUCACUGAGAGUAUGUAAACAUCCUUAACGUUAUGUAAAUAAACGAUUCACUUGUAUA